CGCGUUAGAAACAGUAGCAAAAGGAGAAUUAAAGGCACCGCAUAGCUGAGCCAAACUUUAGAAAAAUCUCUCAGAACUGUGACUCAGCCAUAGCUGCUUAGUUAAUGUUUCAACACUCACAUGACAUUAAAAGCCUCCAUGUGAGUAACCCCACUAGUUAUUUUGUUUCUUUCUGGGGAAAAUUUACAUUCUUGUGCUUUGAGGACACCCUUUUGGAGUGUUGUCAUCAGGGAUAACAAACUUUGUUCUUUGUUGCUGUGUUUAGUUUUGGAUAACUUGGAUUUGGUUUUGGAACCUUUUGAUAUCGUGUCUUGGUUUUGUUUGUUGCUGUUCUGUGGUGGUGUGAUCUGGGAAGUUUGUGAUGCCAGAAAAGGUAGAGAGUCAAAGGGCUCUUUGGUCUUCUAGUCCGAUGCUUAAUUGGCGUUUUGGGUUGCUCACAGCACUUGUUUUCGGUGGCAUGGUUGUGGUUUGGACCAUUGAUGGCUGCACUGUUAGGAAUGUUAUUGAAGCUUGGAGGUAUCGUCAAGAUUCUUUUUCUCUAAAGUCACAUUCUCCUAAUUUUACCUUUUCCCAUCACCAAAAUCUCACUUUUAGCCCCCCAUAUAGUUCACUUAGUUUGAAUCAAAACCAAACCAAUGCUACCCUCUUUGAUUCUCAUUCCCCUAAUUUUACUUUUUCCCAUCAUCAAAAUCUCACUUUUAGCCCCCCAUAUAGUCCACUUAGUUUGAAUCAAAACCAAACCAAUGCUACCUUCUUUGAUUCCCCCAAGCAUGGGAACAUCACACUGUCUGAGCACAGUGAAGUAGUUUCUGCUGAGAAUUAUAGUAGUAGUGGGGUGUUUGAUAAGCUUGACACAGAAACCCCAGCGAAGCCUGAAGUUAAGAAGCACUCAACUUGGCUUUCAAGUGAAUUAGAGCUAAACUUGACUUCAAAUCUUCUGGCAAGAUGGUUAGCUCCCGGGGGGGAACCUUGUAAAGAUUCUAAGACAGUGGGAAUAUCAAUUCCUGAGUUGGAUGGUGGGAAACUGAUAGAACUAUCAGCUGGAGAUGUGCAUGAGUUUGGUUUUCAAGCAUUGGAUGAUUUAGCGAAGCCUCGUUGUUUAGGUGGGGAUUACUUUGAAACUGAUCUUUCAAGUGACUCGUGGAAAUCUAGGCCUUUGGUGAAAGAUUUUAGCAAUGGUUCUUACUCUAUAUCUCUUCAAGUUCAUCCAGAUUUUGUUGGGGUUUACAAUCUCACUAUAAUUCUACUUUAUAGACACUUUGAAGGUCUGAAGUUCACUCCAUGGCGAUUCGUCUAUGAUCGAGUGGUGUGCAAUGUUGCAAUCCGAUUCUACAAAAGCAGUGCUCAGUUGCCAGAACUAGAGAGUUGUAAAGCUUCUGAUUUUGGCAAGGAUGUGUGGUGUGGAAGGUGGACAAGGCAUGGAAAGAAUGAUAACUGCCAAAUAGGUAAUGAUGGUAGGUACAGAUGCUUAGCACAAGAUUUUCCUUGUAAAGCACCUUGGUGUGAUGGUUCCUUGGGAGUUCUAGAGAGUAAUGGUUGGGUGUACUCAACUCACUGCUCAUUCAAGAUGUUUUCAUCUGAGUCUGCUUGGAAGUGCUUGAAGAAUAGGUGGAUUUUCUUCUGGGGUGAUUCAAAUCAUGUUGACACAAUACGUAAUAUGCUCAAUUUUGUUUUGGAUUUGCCUGAAAUACACGCUGUACCCAGAAGAUUUGACAUGAACUUUUCUAACCCAAAAGACCCUUCUCAAACAGUUAGGAUUACGAGCAUCUUCAACGGGCAUUGGAAUGAAACACAAAACUAUCUAGGAUUGGAUUCCCUGAGAGAUGAAGGGUUUCAAAAUUUGUUGAGGAAAUACUUCUCAGAAGAAACAGUUCCAGACACUGUGAUCAUGAACUCCGGAUUGCAUGAUGGUGUUCACUGGCACAAUGUAAGAGCAUUUUCAGCUGGAGCAGACUAUGCAGCAUCAUUCUGGGGUGAUGUUAUGAUGAGAGUGAAGCAAAGAGGGUUAGCAAUUCCAAGAGUCUUUUAUCGAACCACGGUUGCAACCGGUGGAUAUGCGAGAUCACUAGCAUUUAAUCCUAACAAAAUGGAGGUGUUCAAUGGAGUGCUCAUAGAGAAAUUGAGGAAAGCUGGCAUCAUCACUGGGGUGAUUGAUAACUUUGAUAUGACAUUUCCAUGGCAUUUUGAUAACCGGUGUAACGAUGGAGUCCACUAUGGAAGGGGUCCUGCAAAGAUGAAGUGGCGUGAUGGCCAAAUUGGUCAUCAGUAUUUUGUGGAUCUCAUGUUAGCUCAUGUUCUGCUCAAUGCACUGUGUGCAACAUAACAUGAGAGUUGGAACAGAAAACUUGUCUAAAAAGUAGACAUGAUUUGGAUAUGUUGGCAUCCCUGUAGAAUAAUGCAAUACCAUAGCAGGUGCUUGGACAAAGAAAAGACUAUUGAGGUAGCCUCCACCAUGUUUGAACUCUUACUGUUUCUGUAAAAUUAGAUUAAGCAUUCUUUUGUUCAUUGAUUUGUAAGCAGAGUUGUGUAUUUACUAUUCAUGAGCUUCAUUUAUAGAUAAGCAGAGGAUUUAUGUUCCUCGAAACACAUUUGUCCAUCGAUAAUAAAUAUCAAAGUUUAUAGGA